AUGGGAUGGGAUGGAAGCAAUGAUUGGGGGAGGAGGAAGAGGGUUCAGAUUGCCCUCGACGAAAAUGACGACGACACGGCUUUGCUUGCGCUUGCUGCAAGGCCAGGCAAGGCGAGACGGCAAGGCAAGGUACGGUACCUUUACUCCGAGCUGUACCAUGGAAGGCAAAUGCGUACCCAGGGUAAUAAUAAGGAGCAGCAGGGCGGUUUGGAAAGGCGUCCAACAGGGCCAACACGCGUUCACAAUGGAAUCCACUCGAGAUGGGCUGGCGGCCCCCCCAAGCGCCCCCCUUCCCAAGUCCCACCCAGGGAUCAGCAAGUGCUGGCGAAGGAAGCCAUGCCAGCCAGGGACGCGUGUCGGGCAACGUGCCGGCGCGCGCGCCCAGGAGCCGUCCGCCGGUCUACUGGGCUCAAACGGAGGCGCCAUCGCUGCCACAAUCUGGAAACAAACGCCAAUGGGACAAGUCCGUGCUGUGCGUGA